AUGUAUUGUGAAGACGCCUGCUUAGGUCAUUCGUAUGGUUUGGAUAAAAUAAGAAAUAUAAAUGAUAAGUUAAACGCAGAUGUAGUCGAACAAAUAAAUGGAUCUCAGGAAUUGGUUAUGCUCACAAAUUUUGCAAGAGAAUCCCACGAAUAUAACUUUAAAAAGAGCUUACAAGAAAGAAUAUCCGACGUAACUUCUUGGCGCUGGGUCUUAGACGAUCUUUCUAAACGUCUCUCCGAGGCUAUAGUCUCGUUGAAGUAUGAAGAUAACGCUUUGAAAGUGGUAGUUCAGAGGAUCGAGGAUGAGAUUCGAGAGCAUUCUACCCAAGGCACAAGACCAGGUGCAAUGAGCCCGUUGUGUGAUGCCGUAGAAGAAGCUAUAAUACAAGAAUACAAUUUUCUCCGUGAAGAGAAAAAGAAAUUCGAGAAACUGGUGCCGGAGCUGACGAAGCAAAUUUUACUUCUAGAAAAAACUAAAAAAAGAAUAGAAUCUGAUAUACUCAACAAGGAUCAAGCUAUAAGUGUGGAUGAAACUUGUGCAGACAAAGAUUAUAGGAAUGCUAAGAUAGAAAAUUGGAAGGAAAGAAAGAAAAAAGGUGUGCCGAUGAAAAAAUGGGAGAAACGAUGUGCUUUUCUAAAAAGAGCAGGACUACGGGCACUGAGAUACACUGUUGUUACUCGUCUCCAGGUUCGGGGAGCAAGAGUUCAACUGUCCAUUGCAGCGCAAGCCAUGGCAACCCGAGUCGAUACAAUCCUCAGACGACGGUAUUACACCAACUCUAUGAAAUUGGAAGAUUUGAAGUGGCAAAGACAGGAGGCUUUACGUGACAUUAAGUCUCUGGAAGAAGAGCAGUCGCAAUCGGAAUAUAAUUUAUUACAAAUCAUGGAUCAGGAACGUGUAGUCGAGGCCAGAAUCAUUGAACGCGCCAGAAAGCCGGGUCGAGAACUUAUUAAAGAUGAUGCUGAUCGGAAAUCGAAAUACGAAUUGGUGCAAAUAAGACUUCUUGCAAAAGAAUUGAGGAAAAAUAUAGAAAGAAUUGCGUCCCUUCAAAGUGCGGUAGCAAAUGCUAUAUCGAAAAUUGACUGCACAGCGGAAGACUUAUCACAAGUUCUUUUUCUAGACGAAUGUAGGAUCAGGUCCAGAACAGGGGAGGUCCCAAGCACUCUUUCUGAAAGUACAAUGUCUUCUACCCAGUCACAUACUAGAGACAGAUCCCCUCACCCUUCAGAUCAGUUGACAGUCAUCCAGGAGGAAAAUGAAGAUGACUAUCCAUUUGAUUUCUAA